GUGAGAGGGUCGCGCAGUCGGACGAUGGCGGAGGGCUCGGCGCGGCGGUGUCUGCGGCUGGAGCCGGCCGCGGCCCGGGAGGUGCUGGGCGCGGCGGACACGCUGCUGUUCGACUGCGACGGGGUGCUGUGGCGGGGCGACGCGGCGGUGGCGGGCGCGCCGGCCGUGCUGAGCCGCCUGCAGGCCCGGGCCAAGCGCCUCUGCUACGUGACCAACAACAGCAGCCGCACGCGGGACGCCUACGCCGAGAAGCUGCGGCGCCUGGGCUUCCCCCCGGCCGAGCCCCGCCAGGUCUUCGGCUCGGCCUACUGCUCCGCCCGCUACCUCAGCCGGGCGCUGCCGCCCGACGCCGCCGCCUACGUGCUGGGCAGCCCCGCCCUCAGCGCCGAGCUGCGGGCCGUCGGCGUCCCGCACCUGGGGCCCGGCCCCGCCGCCCUGCCAGGCCCCGGCCCCGCCGACUGGAGCCGCGCGCCGCUGGAUCCGGCCGUGCGCGCCGUGCUGGUGGGCUUCGACGAGCACUUCUGCUACGCCAAGCUGUGCCAGGCGCUGCGCUACCUGCAGCGGGGCGGCCCCGACUGCCUGCUGGUGGGCACCAACCGCGACCACCGCCUGCCGCUGGAGGGCGGCGCCACCAUCCCCGGGACUGGCUGUCUUGUGAAAGCGGUAGAGAUGGCAGCAGAACGUGAGGCAUUCAUCAUAGGCAAGCCCAGCCGAUACAUUUUUGACUGCGUGGCGAGUGAGUUCAAGAUCGAACCUGCUCGUACCAUCAUGGUGGGAGAUCGACUGGACACAGACAUCCUUAUGGGCAAUAACUGCGGCCUCACCACUCUCUUGACUCUCACUGGAGUCACUACUCUGGAAGAAGUAAAAGGUCACCAGGAGAGUGACUGCCCUUCCAGGAAAAGCCUGGUUCCUGAUUACUAUGUUGAUAGCAUAGCUGACCUUCUUCCUGCACUUGAGGAUUAAAAUAGCAAAAAUCUCUCCAACUCCUGAAAAGGUACCCACGUUAGUGAAGGGCAGUAGUUAAUAUCACCACUCAUUACUUUAAUACACACACAGUGUGACACCACUUGCAAUUGCAAACAGUCAGCUUUUAACCUUCCAUUUGAGUCCUAUGAUGAUUUUGUUUACAAAUCUUGUUUUUAAAAUGCACUUUGAAAUGAAGAGGGCAUUAUAGUGUCACCCAGUCGUCUUGUGGUUUUUAAAGCCAACACGUACAUCAAAAUGUUUGUGAGAUGAGGUGUCAUAUAUUGUUUUGCUGGACUGGGUUAUGGAAAACAGAAUAGAUUUAAAAAUGAACCAACCUUGCGGUAUGUUUUGAAUGACAAACCGUAGCUCAGACUUGAUUAUUCAGGGAAUUAACUCUUUGGUAUAGCUGUCUAAUGGCUCUCUUCUAUGCUUGCACAGGCUGGCUCAGUUAGAAUUUGGUCCCAUGCUGGGUUCUUGAUGUUUACUCAGGUCCUGUUCUAGAUGUGCAGCCUAUUGCAGGUGUAACUUCAAGGGAGAGCAAUUCAAAUAUCUGUCCUGUAUUUGAUCAUAUAAAUUGCAGUUGUGAUACAAAUUGGACCGGUUCUACAUGCAAAAUAUAUUAAUGAUAUCUUCUGUAUGUUGUAUUUGUCCAAAUAUUGGAUGUAUAUGUAAAGUAUGUGUGGUAUAUAAAGUAAUUACCCUGACUGACACUAAAGAGAUAUAUCAGAAAUGUAUUUAAAGUAUACAUUAAACAUAAUAUAUUGAGAAUUAUCUUGUUUCCCAAAAAGAAGGAUAUGAGGAAUGUUCUUCACCCUUUAUUAAGGAUUAAUUUUUAAAGGCACUUGCAUACUACUG